AUGGAGUGCGCUAUCUGUAUGCGCGGGUAUGGUACGCGGAGGAGACCGCUAUGUAUGACUUGUGUGCAGUCAGCUUUGUACAGCCCUCGAGUGCGACAAGCGACAGCCUUACUCGAUCGCGAGAAGUCGCAUACUCAUGCCGAGGCCAUCCUUCGACCCGGCAAUGACGGUGUGCUAGCAUCGCUGCCAGACGAUGCCGAUCUCGAUGCUAUCACUACCGGGAUCAAGAAACACAGCUACGACCGGGCACGGGCAGAACGAGAGGCUGCCGAGGACCGCCUAACCCAGAUCCUCGACCAUGCCCAAGGCUUGAGAUCAGAUAUGGAGGAGUACAAGAGCACGAUCGAUAUGCGCAAGGAGAGACUGGAGCAUCGUCGAAGAGAUCUGGCUACUAGGCGCAGCGAGCUGGACAAGCAGAGAUCAAGAGCCAUGGACCCUGUUGCAUCGAGCAUCAAGAAGGCUUUGCAACGUCUCGACCGCACGCGCUACAAGAUCGUCGAAGCUCGUAGUCUGCUGUGUCGCGAGGCAGCCUCGGCAAGCAACCUCCAACGGCGCAAAGGCCCGGAUGGACGAUCUGUCUACAUGCUUGGGGGCAUCGGCAUACCCGACCUACGCUUGCUGAAUCAGAGGACACAGGCUGCUCACAGGAAGACCGCAGCAGGAGGCAGGGUCAUAGAAGAGCCUCAUGAUUCCGUAUCUGAAAGUUUCGACAAUGUCGCUCGCCUACUCAACCUAUGUGCGCACUACCUUUCGGUGCGACUACCUGCCGAGAUCAUUCUUCCCCACGAGGACUUCCCACGCGCUGUAAUCAUGCCAGAAAGAUCGUCCUACAAGCAGAAGAACAUCUCAUUUCCAGGAUUAACUACCAGCCAGUCAUCGAGUCCGGCGGCUUCGCGUGUACUGGACCGAAAUCAGCCAAGGCCGAGGCCACUGUGGCUCGAUCGCCCACUUGCGCAGCUCAGCAAGGAGGAUGCAAAGUCAUAUGGUCUCUAUGUCGAGGGUAUCACAUUACUUGCUUGGGAUGUUGCGUGGUUGUGUAAGACGCAGGGCAUCGACAAUGUCAACAACUACGAAGAAGCCUGCAACAUCGGCCGGAACCUCUGGCAACUGCUCCUGUUGAGCCGCAAACAUCAACGACCGUCGCUCGAUCGCAGGGAUACAGCAACAUCUGGUAAGAGUACCCCAGUCCACGAUCUGCGAUUGGGCGUGUUCUCCCACGCUUCAGCCACCCACAACCUGGCCAGCGCAACCGGCCUGGAUCUCAUGAAGGACUGGAAGCUUGCGUCAUCUGCCAGACUGGCCGACAAGUUGAGGUCAAACUUGUUGGCAGACAUUUCGGGCGCAGAGUGGGACUUCAUCGAGGGGGAGGAGUGGGACGAGGACCGCGAAGAAGACAGACCUGUCAUGGUGGGAGGGUCUAGGCGACCUCAAGAGUCGAGGUACGCUGCUAUGAGUGUGAUAAGCGUCAAGCCUAGUGAUGGCGCCGAAGAUGAGGACAUCGGGUCGGCAUCUGAUGCUAAGCGGAAGGGUAAUAGUGGGUGGAUGAAGGUGAGAGGGAGAAGUGAUGGAUGA